AUGGCAGCAAAGCAAAAAUCGAAAAAGCACGAUGAGAAGCACAAGGGACAAAUCCCUGGUCCAAAGGGCCUUCCGGUCAUCGGCAACCUUCUCGACAUCGACGUCACAAACUCGCUACAAUCGAUAAUCGACAUGGCCAAAGACUAUCCAAAACUCUUCGCGCUAAAUGUCGGCGGAAACACAGAGAUCAUGAUCUGCAGCCGCGACCUGAUGGACGAAUUAGCGGAUGAAUCACGAUUCCAUAAACUUGUUGUUGGUGGUGUUGAGAAGCUACGGCCUCUAGCUGGCGAUGGCCUCUUCUCGGCGCAGCAUAAUAACCAGGAAUGGGCUAUUGCGCAUCGAAUCCUCAUGCCGCUAUUCGGACCUCUCACGAUUAGAGAGAUGUUGCCCGAUAUGCGAGAUAUCUCAGAACAGCUUUGUCUAAAAUGGGCACGAUUAGGUUCCUCCGCUACCAUCGACGUCGCAAACGAUUUCACACGACUAACACUCGACACCAUCGCCCUCUGCACAAUGGGCUUCCGCUUCAACAGCUUCUACAGCAACGAGAAAAUGCAUCCCUUUGUAGAGAGCAUGGUCGCAGCCCUCGUCGACGCAGAUAAGCAAUCCAUGCUCCCCGAUGUCGUGCAGUCAUUUCGACUACGAGCCCAAUCCCAUUUUAAGAAGAAUGCUGCUGUGAUGAAGACAACAUGUCAUGAUAUCCUCGACCAGCGACGGAAGAAUCCUGUCGAGGGCAAAGAUCUUCUCAAUGCGAUGAUGAGUGGCAAGGAUCCCAAGACGGGAAUGGGUAUGAGUGAUGGGAACAUUGUCGACAAUCUCAUUACUUUUCUCGUCGCUGGCCACGAGACUACCUCUGGUCUUUUGUCCUUUGCAUUCUACUACCUUCUCGAGAACCCCGAGAAACUACAAAAAGCUCGCGAGGAGGUCGACGAGGUUUUGGGUGACGAUGCCAUCACAGCAGAUCAUCUUCCCAAGAUGCCCUACAUCAACAUGAUCUUCCGCGAGACCCUUCGUCUUAUGCCCACUGCACCAGGCUUCUACGUCACACCAUUCAAAGACGAAGUCAUCGGUGGUCAAUACAACGUCUCCGCAGGCGAUCCCCUCUUUCUUUUCCUCCACAUGAUCCACCGCGAUCCCGAAGUCUGGGGCCCUGAUGCCGAGGAGUUCAGGCCUGAGAGGAUGGCAGACGAGCACUUUAACAAGCUCCCCAAGAACGCUUGGAAGCCUUUCGGUAACGGUAUGCGAGGCUGCAUCGGUCGAGAGUUUGCAUGGCAAGAAGCUCAAAUCGUUACCAUCAUGCUUCUUCAGAACUUUGACAUGGUCAAAGCCGAUCCUAACUACCAACUUAAGAUCAAGCAGUCGCUCACCAUCAAGCCCGACGGUUUCAACAUGAAGGUCAAGCUUCGAGAGGGACGCGACUUGACCAACCUCUUCAAGAACCCCAGCAUGGCUAGCUCCAAGCAGCCCAGUCUGUCCAGCCGAAAGAACCUCAACAUCUCACAGAAGGACCUGAAGCCCAUUUCCAUCUUUUAUGGAUCCAACACUGGAACUUGUGAGGCACUGGCAGAGCGGUUGUCGGCUGAUUGUGCGACCUUCGGAUUCAUGCCCUCUAAGCCUCUGCCGCUUGAUGACGCUACGAGGAAUAUGUCAAAGGAGGGACCGAACAUCAUCCUGGCUGCCUCAUAUGAUGGAAAGCCUUCUGAUAAUGCUACCGAGUUUAUGAAGUGGGCUGAGGCACUGCAGCCUGGGGAGCUGGAGGGCACCCAGUUCGCUGUUUUCGGAUGCGGCCACAAAGACUGGGUAUCAACCUUGUAUCGUAUUCCCAAGGUUCUCGACAAGUGCUUAGCUGACGCUGGCGCCGAUCGUCUCGUCGACAUUGGUCUCACCGACGCCAGCACCGGCCGUCUAUACCCCGACUUCGAUGACUGGGCACACAGCAAGCUCUUCCCCGAACUAGCCAGCCGCCACGGCAUCACACUCGACCACGAGCCUGACUCUCUUGAACUGAGCGUCACUGUCAACCAGUCCCAGCGGAAUGAUAUCGGAGGGAACUUCCAGAGGGCUGAGGUCGUGGAGAACACUCUUCUCACUAGCCCUGGUGUUCCUCGCAAGUACAGUCUACUCCUCAAGUUACCGAAGGAUAUGGCAUAUACUCCUGGUGAUCAUGUCUUGAUUCUUCCCAAGAAUCCGCCUCAGCUUGUUGAGCGAGUCAUGACUUGCUUUGGUGUCGAUGAUGAUACUGUCUUGACUGUGUCGUCGCAGCGACCUACUUUCCUUCCCACCGGCACUCCCAUUCUUGCCUCGAGCCUCUUCAGCACUCUUGUUGAACUGUCACAGACAGUCAGUCGCACCAGCCUCAAGAGACUGGUUGACUUUGCAGGCAAUGAGGAGACCAAGGCUGAGAUCCAGAGUCUCGCUGGUGAUAGAUACGAUGUCGAGAUUGACGAACAACGCAUGUCCAUUCUCGACAUCCUCCGCAAAUACCCCUCCAUCAACAUGCCCCUAUCAACCUUCCUCUCCAUGCUUCCCCAGAUGCGUCCCCGCACAUACUCCUUCGCCUCAACACCAGAGUGGAAGCCUGGCCACGGCUCACUUCUCUUCUCUGUCGUUGAAGCCACUGAAGCCAGUGGCUCAUCGCUUGCACGCCCUGGCGGUCUAGCUACCAACUACAUGGCCCAGCUCCGCCCCGGCGACUCUGUUCUCGUCGAGCCUCGACCUUGCAGAGUUGAGCUUCGCACUGCAAUGACUACUGAGCUCAACGUCCCUAUCGUCAUGAUCGCUGUUGGCGCUGGUCUCGCUCCCUUCUUGGGAUUCAUGCAGAAGCGAUACCUGCAAAAGAACUCGGGUCAAUUGUCCAAUUCCUCCUCCACACUUUUCUUUGGCUGCCGUGGCGCCAAGAUGGAUGACAUCUGUCGCGAUACACUAGACGAAUACUCUCGCGCUGGUGUCGUAACAAUCCACCGCGCCUUCAGUCGAGAUUGGGACUCGCCGCACAAGUAUGUUCAGCACUUGGUGGCUAAGCACGCUGAUACCCUGGCAAGACUUUGGGGACAGGGAGCUAUUGUGAUGGUCUGCAGUGGUAAGAAGGUAUCUGAUGAUGUGUUUGAUGUCUUGGGUCCUAUUCUCCAUAGUGAGGAUAGAAGGUUGAACACUACGAGGGCGAGUGACUGGAAGACUUGGAGAGAAGGCGUUAGCAAGGAGCGGUUGAUCUUGGAGGUGUUUGGUUAAGCUGGCGCUCUCGGUGAUGAGUACUGUUUGUUGAUGUACCUUAGCAUAGCGUUGCGGGU